AUGCGAUUUGUUUUUGUGCUCGUUGUGAUGUUCGUCCUGACGAAAGGAUCCCACAUAUCUCCAGUGGAACCUGAAUCCCCCGUGGAAGCUCAUUCAGCCGGAGGUGUUUCUUCACAAGCUGCCGUUAGUUUCCCCGAAGUGCGACCAGCCCCAGGAUCCCAGGCUCAAUCACCAGCACCCCGUCCGGCUCCUCGACCAGUGGGAGCCCCUCGUCCUGCGGGAGCCCCUCGUCUUGUAGCUGCUCGUCGUCAGCUUGGAUCACAUUCCCGUCCUUCCGUUGUCGUCAACGUUGGACGUCCCAUUGGCGGAGGAUCUGGUCAUGCCCAGAAUCGCAAUCGCAUCCAGAAACCAUACUAA